AUGUACUGGUACUGCCGAGGCCACUUGGCGUUUGUACAUGAUGGCGAUUUCUUUUUUUUUAUUCCGCUCGUUUGGUACAUCUUUUCCGUACGGCGUGUCGUUUUUUAUUUUCACCUCAUUAUUUUUGUUGACAGUGACCGACUUUUUUGUCCGCCUGAGAAGAGAAGGCGAAGGCCGUUUAGUUCUGUGGACGAUAGGAGCACCAUCAUGAGCCUUGAGGACCGCGGGGUUGUCGCAAUAUGGGAGGGGGAGUGGCUUUGGCUGAGACGGCAGCUUUCCACGGUGCGCCAGACGGUGUGGAUGUUUGGCGCCCUUUUGGGGCCCGUCUUUGACCUUGCUGCCUACUUGGCUACCGCCAAGGUGUGCGUAGCGCGGGCCGACCGUUUUGUCACGGAGCAGACAUUACUUGCCAGCGAGCAACUUCGUCGGCGUCAUUGGAUCCUGCCGGCGAUUGGCAUCACCUCAGCAAGUCUCUUUGUGUUGUUCAAGAGCUCACCGUGGGGAACAUAUCGGGCUUUCCGCAACGGCGCUGUCACGGCUGCAUUGCUCACGUGUUUCCUUCUGCCGCGGGAGAUCAUCGAUGCCGUCGACGCCGAGUUACCAUUUAGCACAAGAGACACACGCGGUGUGGAGGGAAACGCCAGGGACAUAGGUGAAAAGUAG